AUGCCUCCACCUCAUAGGCCUCCACCUCCUCCUCCUCCAGCCGCUGCACCUCAGCCUGUCCCAGCAGUUGCAGUUCAUCCAGAUUUUCGUGUGCCUCAAUCCGCCCCAUACGCGAGAUAUACAGUGGAGGAUUUGCUCGCCCAGACUGGACGAGAGGGCUUGGAUGUUUUGGAUCCCGAUAGAUCAUUUGGGGCAAACAACCGUGUUGGCCGGAGCGUGUCGGAGACGAUCAAGGGCUACUACGACGGAGCCUAUCCGAAUUGGAGCAAGACUCCAGACCACGUUAAGACGACUUGGUUUAAAUAUUUUGCGCAAAGGUGGCACUGGUCCUUGGGAAUCAUCGAGAGGGUGAAGAGGGAAUUUGUUGCAAAGACAAAGACCCACCUUUGCAACACUGUCUCCGAUUGGAAGGGGAAGUGGGAGAUCUACGGUUAUGACAGAAAGCCCACCGAGCUCACGAAGGAUGUAUGUGAUGAUCUCAUCGCCUUUUGGAAUCUACCCUCUUCGAUCCGUAAGGCCAACUCGUGCUCCGCUUCCCGAAGAACGAAGGACAAAGAUGGUCAUUUGCCCAUGGUUCACAGAAUCAGAAAAAAACUAAGAUGA